UAGCUAAGGCAGAUGAUGGCGCGAGUAUUAGAAAAUCGGACAAAGGAACAUUAAAACGCCACGUACGCCGAACGGCGACGUUGGCAGAAGCAGCAUCGUUCCUACGAGUUUAUCAUAAUAACGGUGAUGACACCUCAUUAGACAAUUACAAAAAAGUUCUUCCUCAAAUUCCGACAAAUAUACUUCACGGGAUUAUUUCUACGCUUUAUGAGAAACGGCGGGCUGAUGGUUUCAAUAAUUUUGUCGACAGUAUUCAAACAUACGAAAGUCUGGAUUACACGCACUUUGGCAUCAUCAUUACGAACAUUGCAUUGCUCAGAGCAAUAUCAUAA